AUGGAAAAGAAUAAUAAAUGGUGGUUACAGAAAGUCUUCGUACUGUCACGUACAUGUGGAACACUGCUGCCACAGGUGAUGGUGGCAGCAAUGGGAAAUUCUUCAGAGCUGUUUCAAAGCUUGUGGAAGUACAAAUCCCAUUCUUCAAGAUUUGAUGGUGACAAUCUCCAAUCAUAUGGAACAGCAAGAAUAGCAUUUGCCUCAAACCAAAAUUCAAUGCACCAUUCUUUCCAUACUGAUGAAAGAGGACCUGAUAAUCAAGAAUUCACAUUCAGGGACUAUAUGUUACAACUUACAUAUAGCAAAGACACUACAUGGAAUGACAAGGGGGACACACUUACUUCAUUAUACUACCACAUUGUUAAGCCGUUGACCAACACAACUGUUUGUUAUUGUGAUCCAAACACCAUGGAAAAAAAUCCCAAUUCUGGAUUGCUAGGGCCCACUUUUGUAGGAAGCAAUCCGGUGUACUCAAUUGAACGCCUUCGCGAAGAGAAUGAUGCGGUUAUUUUAGCAGUGGGGGCAACAAAGUCACGAGACCUCCCUGUUCCUGGACAUGAGCUAUCACGUGUGCAUUUUGCAAUGGAAUUUCUACAUGCAAAUACUAAAAGCUUAUUGGAUAGCAAUCUUGAAGAUGGAAACUAUAUAAGAGGAACCAAACGUAGCGCAUUGUACUCAUUUAUUUUCUAA